AUGCACAGUGGACCUCGGCUGGUGGCCGCAGUGCUUGGAGUGUGGUUUGCAAAAGCCGCUUGGACACCCCUGGACCGUAAGAGUCCACAUAAAAGGUUGGAGGAGUUGGUGAGGCAGAUACAACCUUCCGUGGUGCUUUGCGAUGAUGCUUCACCCUUCCAGCACUUGGAUGUGCCGCUGGUUGACGCAGUGACCAUGUCCUUCAAUGGGUCGAUGGACCGGAAUGAAAGCAACUUGGACCACUUGGAGGAGCCGUUGGACCAGGUGGCGCAAGUCAUCUACACCUCGGGAUCCACCGGAGUGCCCAAAGGCGUGAUCUACACCCACGGCCGCUUGGCGCACUCCACGCACUUCUUUGCGGAAGAGUGUGGCGUAGCAGGGAGCCGCAUUUUGCAGAAGACACCCAACAUUUGGGCCGUCUUCCGCCACGAAGUCUACCCAGCCCUCUGCAGAGGUGGCCUCAUUGUCCAUCCGAAGCCAGAAGAUGCCAGUGACCCAAGACACCUAGCUGAGGUCAUCAGCGACGCUUCAGUGUCAUUGCUGGUUGCUACACCCACGAUUCUUGAGCUCAUUGUGGACUCAGGAGUGUCACUGAGUAGUUUGCGGCAAGUGGUUUGCAUGGGGGAGCCACUCUCCUGGCGCUUGGCUGGCAAGAUUUUGAAGCAACUUCCUUCGGUUCACCUCAAGAACUUUUAUGGCUCUACAGAAACCGAGAACACCAUCUACAGGGUACCGCCGAAUGGCAACUUCAGUCAAGAAUCUGCUGUACCAGCAGGGCAGCCACAGCCUCAUGUCUCCGUUCAUUUGUUGAAAGUUGACUCCCUGGAGCUGUCUGAUGCUGAUGAGGAUGAAGGUGAGAUUUGCUUCGCCGGUGUGAUGUCCUCGGGCUAUUGGCAGCGGCCAGACCUCACGUCUGUGACCUUUGUGGAUCAUCCGCAGCUCGGUCGGCUCUACCGCACCGGUGACCUCGGUGCGUGGAAGAGAGGGCAGCUGCAUGUCUCGGGUCGCAUCGAUCGACAGGUGAAGGUCCGGGGCUGUCGAGUGGAACUUCAGGAGUUGGAAUUUGCCUUGAAGACCCUGAGCUCCGAAGCGUCUGAUGGACUUGGAGGACUGCAGGAACUGCAGGAAUGCUCUGCUGUGGUGGCAAGUGCACCGGCUUCACAUUUGCAGAUCGUGGUGUUCGUUUGCCCAGAGACUUUGGACCUUGAUCUGAUUCGUGAGCAGGCGACUACGCGGCUCUCGCCACAACUGAUGCCAAGCCUCUUUACUGCUUUGCCACAGCUCCCACGCCUGGCCAAUGGAAAAGUGGAUUUGGUGAGCCUCAAGACUCUUGCUUCCAAUUCUCUUGCAAAGCAAAGCACCGAGACGCAUGCUGUUCUUGACUCCUUGGGCAUUCUUCAGCACCUGACCAAGUCACAAAUUGAAGAGGACAGGUGGAUACAGAACCAGCAGGCCUUUUGGACUUUGUUGGUCAUGAUGGAACAUUUUCACUUCACCCGUGGAGCCGCAAGAAGUGGACAAGCCUACGGCUAUGGUGACUCUGACUUCGUGGCCCUCUUCAUCCUGAUUGAUGUUUGCCAUUGCAGGGACAUGGUUGCAUUCUUGCUCCUUCUUGGCUUUACUGACUCACGCAUGAAGGGAAGCAUCCACUCGUUAGGUCCUCGAGAUGCGGCAGUCUUCAUCACUGCACUCUUCAUGACCCUGAUCUUUGGACCAGUGCAUCGGGCUGUGCUCACAGAUUGGGACACCUUCCCUCAAGUUCGAGUGGGUCCCGAGUGGUUUCUCUACACCUACUUUUGGGCGCGCGUGGUGUUGCUGGGGCUUUGUCAUGUUGCUCGACCUGGCCUGUGGCAAGCAAUGUUCAUGUUCUUGAUGGCCUUGUGUCCAGAUGAUCUCUUUUGGCUGCAGCUCCCUAUGUCAUUGCGUGCUUCGCUUGAGGACAACGUCCCAUUGGACACGAAAAGCCUGAAGUUCACAGGAUUCUUUCUACCUGCUUGCUACCUACUCUCCUUUUAUGCCUCCCAGGCUGGGAUUGUCACUUGGUGUAAACGAUCCGGACAGCGUCUUAUGCAAAGGGUGGUAGAGGUCACUUCGCUGUUGGAGUGGAAGCUGGAGCUGAGCUUCUCUUUGGCGUGCUUUUCGCAAUGGCUUGUCCUUUCAUUGCUGUGUGGAAGGUGGCCCAAAUGGAAUAUGAUCCCCUUUGCCUAUCAAGAUGGAUAUCAAGCGGUUUUUGUGGAAGUGGGAGACCACACAGUGUCUUGGGACUAUAUGACCAAUCCUUCGUUAUUGCUUUACUUGGCCAUUUGGAUCGGGGAAGCUUUGCUCCUUCUUUUGCCGGGCAUGUUCAUUGCUUUGGGAAUGGUCUACCUUCCAUGGCACUUCAAAACGAUGGGUACCGCUUCCUUCGGCAUCUACGUGAUUCACGUCCCAAUUGCAUAUACUCCAUGGAUCAGACAUUUUGAGGCUCCAAUACUGCAGCGAAUCACCGACCCUGCUUGGAACGGAGGGAUCAACCUCCUCAUUGUUCUUGCUUGGAAUGCCUUGUUUUGCAUCAUUUUCGCUCACUCCAUUGGUGCGAAAUUUCAUCAAUUGCUCGUCUCAACAUUGGCGAAAAUCGCUCAACUGCAAAACGUUUUACAGCAGAAGGCGACGCACAAAGAUAUCGACUCUGUUCCUGAAUGCGUCUAA